ACUUGCGUACAUAGAGCCGAGCGCUGUGCGGGUGCGGCUCGCCGUUCGCCAUCCGAGCCAACGACGAACCCGAUGCCGCCCCACCGUGCCGGAGGGGCCGCAGGCGGCGGCGACACGAGCGCGUUCUUCGCGGCGACGCUAGUACUUUGGGCUGUGUCUGUGGGGUUCGAGAUCGGCGUGCGGGGGAGACGCGAGCUGGCGCCCGUGGCCGCCGGCUUCGCCUUCUUCCAGGCCGCCAACACCGCAGUCCGCGGCUCGGUCUCCCGCGAUCCGCUCUUCGUCAACACCGCCGUAUCGCUUCUCCACUCCUCCCUCACCUCCGUCUCCGUUAUCUUUGUUCUUGCUAAUCAAUGGCGUAAUAAGGGCCUUGAGAACAUGUUUGAGCAUGAAGAACUAUUUGGUGGCAGUUGGAUUGGAGCAUAUUCUGCUCUGUGCUUUUCUUGUGGCUACUUUGCAUAUGACCAACUGGACAUGCUCCGAUACCGGCUAUACAGUGGAUGGCUUCCUGGAAUUCUCAUGCAUCACUUGAUCCUACUCAUUUGCUUUACACUAGCUCUGUAUAGGAAUGUCACAAUCAACUACCUAAAUCUCUCCCUUGUAUGUGAGCUGCACUCCAUAUUUUUACAUGUAAGGAAAGUCAGGCGAAUGGUUGGAUUUCGGGAUUUUGACAGAACAGUGGUGAAGCUGGAAUGGGUACUCAACUGGACUACCUUUGUAACAGCAAGGGUGAUAUGCCAUAUCUUGAUUACUUACAAGCUCAUCUCUGAUGCCCACAAAUUUGGGAAGGGCAUUGAGCUUCCGCUAGCUCUACUUGGUAUGGCAGGAAUGAAUCUGCUUAACAUAUUUCUUGGGCUCGAUCUACUUAAAGCAUUCACACGAGAAAGAAAUAAGCAGAACCAUCAGGAUUGAAUGCACCUUUCUUGAUGACGGUGUACUCUAAAUUUUGAGAAGGCUGUAGUUCCGUUCUUGUAGGGACAUAGAGGUAUGUUUAAGUCUUAAUUAAUCAGCAACUACACUGGAGGCUAUGGAUUCUUUAUGUAUCAACACGUGCUAAUGCUAAGAUCUCUACAAGAAAGGGUUGUUAAUGUGUAAUCAUGUAGGUAUAACAUUAUUGUUCAUUAGGAGAAUUAAGAGAGUGCAGGCGGGUAACUGGAUGCAGGAUUUACAUACAUUUUGCAAUCAGGAAUCGGAAAGAAGAGAAGCGUACCAUGUAUCAAACCCCUUGGUCCCAACUCUCAUACCUCAUCUAAAGUAACACCUAAGCAACUUGUAGAUUGGCACUGUGACUUUGAGGCUACAAUGCUCUUGUUUAUUAAUAUUUAUAAUAUUUGACGA